AUGACAGCUGGAAGUAUGCAAAUUUUUGCCGCGUGUUUUAUUUUAGCGCCUUUCCUAUCUUUUACGGUCCAUGCAUUUCUUCCAAGGAUUAACUCAGCAAAACAAAAAUCAGAAACAAAGGAUCACAUUUUGAUAACAAGAAAUGGGUUAAUUAAGACAGUUAUACACUUUUUCUUCGACAACUCCCAGUAUUUGAAGAACGAAUCCUUGACUGAUUUUCUUCAAGGUGUCCUAUCUGAAUUAGGAGAGGAACCGACUGCAGGUAAAGAUGCUAUGAACACCAUCUCUUCGCAAAUCAAGUUCAUCAAUGCCAUCAACGAGAUUCAGAGCGCUAACGUGGAAGUGGAUCCCUUAAACAGGAAGGCAGAGGAACAUUUUGAUGGCGAGCAGUUCCAACAAGGCGCAAAGCGCCUCAUCCGAUUGCGCCAAGAGCUGAUAACUUCCCUUCUGAAGGGUGAUAAGCUAAAACAUGCUCGGAACUUGGCAGGUUCCGCGCUGCACACUUUACAGGAUUUCUACAGCCGCUCAAACUGGAUAGAGCUUGGCAAUUCGGUUCCAUUUGAUGCUUUGGGUCAACCCGGAAACGAGAUUUCGGAAAUAUUCGUUGCAGGACCGAAUGAAGCAACAUGCACGAGCUGUCUCUCAGACCAAGACAGAAAUGAUAAAUGUGGGACAAAUCUGAUCACAGGAAAACUUACGAGCGGAUAUCGGUCAGGACAAGACGUAAGGAAACCGGUAAACAAAGGAAAGUGUAGCCACGGUGGAGGAACAGACGACAGUCGUUUUCAGUCUGCGACGGGUGGAAUUAACAAAGAUUCAACGUCGAUAAAGGAAUCGCCCCAUGCAAGCCUUCAUAAAGUCGCGGCUGAUCUGGCCCUCGAAGCAACUUAUCUUUUUCUAAGCGACGUCCGUUCGACGGUUGGCGACGACAUCUUCGCCAAGUUUCUCAACUUGAAGUCAGACCAGAGCAUGGCUUUGGUAAUUGAUGUAUCAGGAAGCAUGAGCGAUGAAAUCGAGGAAGUCAAGAGAGUCUCAAUUAAAUUCGUUCGCAACACUCUGGAAAAGGAAGGAGUAUCCUUCACGUACAUACUUGUGCCGUUUAGCGAUCCAGAGGUUGGCCCUGUCACCGUGACAAACGACCCCUAUCAAGUGAUCAACGCGGUAAAAAAUUUAACUGCAAACGGAGGCGGAGAUUGUCCGGAGCUGGGAAUGACUGGUCUUUAUCAGGCUCUUCUCCACUGCCUACCUGAAAGUGUGAUCUACUACUUUUCGGAUGCAGAUGUGAAAGACUUCCAGCGUGAAAAUGAGGUCAUGUCCCUUGCGAAGGACAAAAAAGUUAAAAUAUCUUUCAUUCUAACUAGUCAGUGUAGCCGACGCAGACGGGAUUUGUCAGCGAGUCGUAUCCAGGACGUAGCGGUCGUCCCCAAAGAGAUUCAUCGAGUAAGGAGAAAUGCUCAAGGUCAGGCACUUUACCAGGCUCUCGCCACUGAGACAGGGGGACAAGUCCUAAGAACUAGUAAGGCUCAAGUAGCUGAUGUUGUCAAGGUGAUCGAUCCUGCUGGUUCAUCAAACUCAUCCGUGGCUCUGCAAGAAGUUGAAUUGCUAAACAUUAAAGAAACUUCAGCACGUUACUUUAGCAGAGUUGUUUAUAUUGUUGAUAUCGACAGCACACUAAAGAGUUUAGUUCUCAUACUAACAGCUGCUGGAUCACCAAAUUUACAAGUAACUAGUGUUGAAGGAAAUUCAGGAAUGCAGGAAAAUAUCAUCAGCUCCUCUAGUGAGCUUCUAAUAAAAGAGAUCGCCAAUUUCAACAGCGGCUCACUGAAGCUUACCGUCAGCUGUCAGGGUCCCUAUACAUUGCAAGCUACUGGUUCCAGUCCAAUCGACUUUACAUACCAGCUUUUGGACGUAGAGGACGAGGAACGAGGAAACACAAGGCGAGUGCUUGGAAAUCCUCUAAGAGGUCAAACUUUGCUUCUUACAUUGAACUUCGUUGGUCAAGAAAUUGACGAAGUGACCAAUUUAACUCUUGUUGGCAUUGACGGAACAAGCUUGGAAACCUUCAACAUAACACAAGGAGAAGGGUUCUACCAGGAUUUCUAUUACGUCAAAUUUAUUCCAUCGGCAGACAGGUUUAGAAUUAAAGUGACUGGUUUUGACACAACAGGAGCCAAAUUUCAGCGGGUGAAGCCAACUUUAUUUACUCUUGGUGACGUCAAACUUUCCCAAAACGUCCACAGUAGUAACAGUUCAAACGCCAUUUUCCCAGGAGAAUCUUCAGAGUUGGAAAUCAGCGUUGUAAACACUGGAGAUUUUCAGCAAUUGUAUUUCAAUGCUUCAGAUGAUCUGAACUUUUUCAGAAGUAUUAACCCAUCCCAACGAAGCUUAGGAAAGAAUGAUUCGCUUCUCCUUCGAGUUUCUCUGGCAGCUCCGAGUGACGCAAAGUAUGGUGUCACCAGCACUGUCACAGUAUUCGUAUCUCAGGAUUCGGGGUUCACUCAACUCGUGAAUUUCAUGGUCUUAUUUGUUACUGUUGCUUCAAAGGCCCCAGAUCUCUCCCCACCAUUAUGUAAUGUAACGAGCCAGAGUGGGUCAUGCGCAGGGGUAUACGGAAGACCUGAGUGUGUUUCCAGCACGUGGGUUGCGCAUGUCACGUUCAACGACUCCGGAGAAGGGCUUUUGUCUAUUACGUCACGAGAAAAUCGUAAUGGAACUCUCAAAGUGGCUGCUUUCAACCAGGGAGCUGCUAAUACGCCGAUUUCAGCAUCAUUCACAUCCAGCUGUUGCCAUCCAAAGGUCAUCUUCGUCGGAGUAGAUCUCGUUGGAAACAUGGGAACUUGCUCUGUAAGCCUCGUUCCAGACAUCGUGUCAUUUAGAGUCCAUCCAAACACCUCCGAUGUGACUCUGUACCCAGGAGAAACCAUAAAGGUACCUUUCACACUCGUCAACCUUGGCUCCAAAGGGUCCUUUUUGUUUCGAGUGACUAAGACGUCCUCGCUCAUAAGUUACGUCAUCCCCUUCAGCCUCGCUCUGAAAACAAACGCAAGUACUACAGGUCACGUGGUUAUUGCUUCACGUUUUAACACCAGUGAGGUGAAGACAAUAAGCGUGAGGGCUAUUGCACAGUCAGAUGCUGUAAAUGUUAAAGAGGUGAACCUGUUUAAUGUUACGGUUUUUGUCACGCCACGGGGACGAAUAACAAGUACGCCUGGAACAUCAACGGCAGCGCUCAAAUACAUCCGGUUACAGGCAAAUGUUCCCACUCAUGACUUGUCUUUGGAAACUGGAGAAAGUUCAAAGUUCAACUUUACAGUUAUGAAUUUGGCUACGGCUGAAACUUUCACCUUCCAUGUGCUGACAUCACAACCUCGUAUAAAUGGUAAUGUUGAACCGUCUCCAAUAUUUAUGGAUCAUCAACAAACUACUUCAUUUAUAUUAAUCCUUUCAUCUGAGCCCAACACCCCUCUUGGCAUCGUCACGCAAGUCAAUAUCACAGCAACGCCUGCGUCACAAAAUGCCGAUGUUAAAACGUUAGUCGUUUUCUCGUUGACUGUGACAAUCGAUCGAAAUACCUCAUCAAAAGAUAAAGAAUCGGGGGAGAAGAGCCGAGAGAAAGAUGAUGGAAUGAAAAAAUGGCAAAUUCUUUUAAUUUUCGGCACGGCUACGUUAGCGAUUCUACUCAUUACCUUUUUGGUAAUACUGGGAGUAAGUCGCAGGUAUUGCCGUAGAGGAAGGCUUGAAAACCACACAGACAAUAAUGCGAAUAUCAACUUAGGCCAUGAACCUGACGAUGUGAUCGCCAGUACGUACACCUAACUCUAACGCCAAGAAAUCAUCCAAUACAUGGCUCGAUCUUGUAAUCGCUGAGCAUACUCUGGAAAGCAGGUAAUUUAGUGUUAACAACUG